CUCAGCACAGGUUUCAAAAACUGUAAAUGUAAACUGCAAGUGUUUUAUUCACCUAUAAAUUUAGAAGAAGAGUCUAUGUUCCUGUCUAAGUUGAAAAAAAAAAAUAGUUUGUCUGGAUAUAUAACAAUACCAACAGGAGAAGCAGACUUCAUCCAAUGAUGACAAAUCAUUACAGCCUUUUGUUUGCCAUCUUGGUCAUCGCCAUUAAAACAUUAAACACUGAAGAGGAGCUGAAGGAGACUGGGUUUGGAUUUCCACCUCCCCGACAUGGACUUGCCCUAAUUAAGUGGUAUGUGAAAACCUGUAUUGACAAUAACAUGGUGGCUCUCUGUAACCCUGUGGCUGGACAGUUUGGGUUCCAUGAGUUCCAUAACAGUGGGUUCCUGCUCCCUCCGCUGAAGGACAAACACACGUAUAUGUACUUCACCAUAGGAAACCUUCACUACCGACACGCUAAGGAUCUUCCCUAUGAAGUGAGGAAAUACUAUGAUCCACAUAACAAAAUGAGCAACAUGGACAGGGUCAUUGUGAAGCUCAACAGGAACAAGAACAAAAUCGAGGAGAUCUACAUAUCAGAGCACUAUAAUCCUCCCAGAACUUUUCAGUUAGGAGCCUCUCUCAUCGGUGACUUAAGACAGGACCAGAACUCUCAAAACAUUUUACAUAAGAUUUUCUAUUAUUAAAAAAAAAAAAAAAAAAAAAAUCCCUGUAUUACCACAUUUUCCCCACAGCUGAGCCUUUUUGCACUUUCAGUUUAUUAGAUAUUUUAACUUUCACUUCUGAGUUUUUCUUUUGUAUAGCCCACUUUAUUCCACUUCCUCUUUUUUAUUCUCUCCAUCACAUGCUGUAAAACAAUUUAGUAACUUCCUCAAUGAAGUUAAAUGUGGACUUUAGACCUGGUUGGGUUUACAGUUUACAGAAAUGUGAUUAACGUUUACCUACCUUUGGUCAUAUCAAUUAUAAAUAUGGGCUUUAAAGGUGAAGUGUGCAAUUUUUCUUUGUUAAAACAUUUUUUCUAUCCCAGCUCAUGCAGCCUGAUCUCAUUAGUAUUCAUAGGUAUUUGUAUAGCGUUUACAUUUGCAUUUCUUUAUAUCUGAAUAUACACUGAAAACACACUACAUACAAACUGACAGCAUCUCAAACAACCAUAUUUACAAUUGCACAGCUUAAAAAAAAACUCCUUUACAUUAUAUUUUAUAAUAUAAAGUUACAUUAUGAUAUAUGUAUGAGCCCUUAAACCUACCCCUAUCCUGAAUACUUCUCAACCAUAUAAAAAAAAUGCAUAGGCAAUAGCAAAAUUCCGGUACAAUUUUGCAGACCAAAAGGUCCAUUGUCUAGUGUCAAUAUGGUGUAGUGAAGUCACUUUUAAGCCAGGCAACUUUCUGUUGGUAAGCGUGGCAAAUUUAUUUGACCAACUUGCCAUUGCAAAAUCUGUUUGGGGAAAUCUUUCGCCUCAACAGGAAAUUCCCAAUUGCAUGGAUUCCUAUUAAAAUUACUGGAUUUCAUUCAUUUAAAAUUUGUCAAACGGCAAUAAUCGCACCUCAGAAGCACCAAUACCUAUUAAAUGAACAAAAUCACAUUGUAGAACACAACAUUUUUUGGUUGAUCUUACCGGAAAGCAUAGACAACAACCAGCCCAACAGCAACACUAGCUCAGUAGGUGAUUUGAAUUUGUCCAAACAAUAGGGGAGUAAUCAGGAAACAUUAAAAUAUCUUAAAACAUUAGUAAAUCCAUUUAGUGCUGGUAGUGGUGGAGAAAUUACACAUUUCACCUUUAAUUCUAAUGUCAUUCAGAUGAUUAAAAUCACUUCUUGAAGAAAGGUUACAGGGUUACAUUCAUUAAUUCUGUUUUAAUUAAUGCAAAUGCAAGACAGUUUCACUUCUCCAAAUCUAAAAAAGGAAAACUUUGACAAUAAACUAUUAAACAGCAUGUUUGCAUAAUGUAAACAUCUGCCUGUGUAUAUGCAUAUGCGUAAGCAACAGACAGUGACAGAUAAUGAGUAAUGCUUAUUAAUGGACAGACGAAAGUGUUCAUUGUGACGUUCUAUGUAAAUGCAUCCAGUCUGAGAAUAUUAAAGACUGUUGCACCACAUUU